AGAAUCACAACACAAACGGAGCAAGACACCAGCAUCAGAGUCCACUCCAUUACUCGAUUCAUCCAGCAGCAGAGCAGCGGCAACAGCAGAUCCAUGGCCAUGGAGAGGUUCUUGACGGCGCUCGUCUUCUGCGAGGCGCCCCUGGACGGCUACGGCACAUCGGUGAUGGCCCCUGGCGCAAUCACCAAGCUGGUCGCCGGCGGCGGUGGCGCGACGAAGCCGGCGACCGCUAACACGGCGGAUGCUGAGAAGGGGAAGGGAUUCUUCUCCGGCAAGCCCACGGCGCAGCGGCGUGCUGGGUUCGAGCUGGCGUUCGACGGCAUCAACUGCUUCGACACCGUCGUUAUGCACUGAGCUCGCCGUUUCUUGAUUUAUGAGCUGUAUAUAUAGGGGAUUUGGAUCAACUAGCUAGAAUAUUGAUACAUACGUACUUGGGAACGUGUGAUGAUUUGUUCAUUCGAUUGUACGGUUUGACUAUUGCAUAUGUGAUUCAAUACAAAUGAAAGGAAAGUAAGAGGAUA